AAAGGCUUGAGGAAAGGGUCCAGGUGUAAAGGGAAAAAUACUACUUUCUGUCUAAGGUUUCACUUUUAAGAUAAACGAACACUUUUAACAAAAAGUAAAAUAAAAUAACUUUAACUAACCCCCUAAAAGUCAUCUUCAGAUUUUAGUUUAAAAUAGUAAAAUAUUAAGAAAAUUUUAAUUUUUUAAAAAAGUUGACUUUUUGCUGCAAUUUCUCAGUUAAUUUUAAAACUUAAUUUUUCUUUUGAAAUUAUGUGUGCAGUCCUGACCUCAUUGUUACCUUCAUGUAUUGGUUUCGACUGCUGGCUGUUGUAAAGAAUCAUCAUGAAAUUUAUUGCUCUGUUCGUAUCAUUCGUUGUAGCAUCAGCAAAUGUUCCUUUUAAUCAUCAACUAGACGGACAAUGGGUAGCAUUUAAGACCACUUUUGGAAAAGUUUAUGAUGGAAGAGAAGAACUGGCAAGAAGAUUGAUUUGGGAACAGAAAUUUGCGGAAGUUGAACACCAUAAUCAUCUAGCAGAUUUCGGAUUCUUUACGUAUAGAAAAGGCAUUAACAAAUAUUCAGAUCUGAGCAGCACUGAAAUUGUGAGUCGUCUUAAUGGAUUCAAAAGCAACUACCGUCAAAAUGGCAGCGGAUCUAAUUGGGUUGAACCUUCCAAUGCAUACAUUCCUGAUGAAGUUGAUUGGCGAGAGCAAGGACUGGUUACGCCUGUCAAAGACCAAGGAGACUGUGGAUCUUGCUGGGCAUUCUCCACCACAGGAUCACUAGAAGGUCAACACAAAAAGAAAACUGGCCAAUUAAUAUCCCUCAGUGAACAGAAUCUAGUGGACUGCACUUGGGUAUAUGAAAAUAAUGGCUGCAAUGGAGGAUGGAUGGACAAUGCUUUCAAAUAUAUUCAAGACAAUCUGGGAAUCGAUACGGAAGUGUCUUAUCCUUACACAGCAAACGCCAGUUUAAAUUGUCUUUUCAAGAAAGAAAACGUUGGAGCAAAUUGUACAGGAUAUGUCGACAUAGGUUCUGGGGACGAAGAAUCACUAAAAAAGGCAGUCGCAACUGUGGGUCCAAUCUCUGUAGCGAUUGAUGCCAGUCAGCCCAGUUUCCAUUCAUAUCAAAGUGGCAUCUACGAUGAAGAAUUUUGCAGUACAAGCGAGCUAGAUCAUGCCGUUCUUGUUGUUGGAUAUGGAACCGAAAACGGUUUAGAUUAUUGGUUGGUGAAGAACAGUUGGGGCACUUCUUGGGGAAUGAAUGGUUACAUUAAAAUGUCCAGAAACAGAGAUAAUCAAUGUGGUAUUGCGACUAAAGCUAGUUUUCCUUCCGUUUGAUUAUCGACUACAUGUAAUGACUUCAAUUCUACUCUAAAUUUUCAUUGAUUUUAAGCAUUCCAUAAUAUUAUUUUUGUGUGAUAUAGUUUCAUAAUGGAACAUUUUAAUAAAAAUGUAAAUA